CGAAGUAUAUAAACUCUGGCUGUGUCUGUUCUUAUAUUACCCUCUUUCAUUACAAGUAUCGGUAUGAUUGCUAGCGUUACCAUAGUAUUCGGAAUCAUGUGAGACGACAAAUCAAUUCAGGUGAAACUAGAGAAAAUAACAACGACUUUAGUUAUAAUACGUUCAUAUGGAUACUUUAUUGUAUAAUUGAAAGUAUACAGAAAUUUUAUAAGAAAUAUAAAGAAAUGGCAAAAUGUAGAAAGCAUUUCGCGUCAGCUUCGAGAACUUUAAAAUAUGCUACGUUAUUUAUGUUGAUAGUUUUGAUACUUCAUAUUAUAGCGUUUUCUACACCUAAUUGGGCAACCGUCCGGUUGUCUGUGAAUGAGAAUUCCUCCGGGCUUUGGUUAGCAGGAUCGGAUCAUAGUGGUUUGUGGCAAAUUUGCUCGUGCAUUAGCGCAUUUGGUGAUGGUUUCUGCUCAUGUUUCGGACGACAUGGAGAUCCAGUGUGGUUUAAAAUGACACAGGCGAUGGAAACACUUGCUUUAAUUGGCUACGUCAUCACCGGUAUCAUUUCGUUCGUUCAACUCUUUUCGGAGCAGGAUAGAAAAGUGAAAAGAAUCAAUGUAUUUGUCACUAUUAGUUCAGGUGUGCUCGGUUGUCUUGGAGUCAUUGUCUUCGGCGUUAGAUCACCACAAGAGUAUAAAGACACGGCGGAUUUUUUCGAUCAGAUAGGAAUGGAACUGCAUGGACAUUUAGAUUUCUCCUUUUAUCUAUGCUGUGUUGCUGUUGUUAUCUUGCUUCUGGUUUGUACCCCCCUCUAUAUGAAGGACGAGAAGAUGCCAUUACCUGUGCUCACCCAAGAUAUCCCGGUCGUUUAUAACAACCAAAGUUUAGUUAUUAGUCCAGACAUGCUUCAAGGCGGGGUUUUCGUAACUGACAUUGGUCGACAGGCUGUAGGGAACUUGGCGCCAAAUGAUGCUCCGCCAGCGUAUACGAUAUCAGACCAACAUACAUUAAACCCACCUCCUUUUGACGGAGAAAUACCGUUUAAAGAAUGAUAAUGUUACAAGUAAAUUCAAAACAUUGCAAUUGCACAGUCUAGCUUUUAUCUUUGAUAACAUUAUUUUGGGGUAAAGUUUAAAUUUCCAAACUCUUCAAUCGUAUAAUGUGAAGAACAAAGUAUGAAUAAAUGUUACGUUUCAAAAUUAUCGUAAUCAUAAAUAACAGGAUAGUAUAAUGUGUUAUA